GCACGGCGACUACCAUCGAAAGUUGAUAGGGCAGACGUUCGAAUGGGUCGUCGCCGCCACGGGGGGCGUGCGAUCGGCCCGAGGUUAUCUAGAGUCACCAAAGCCGCCGGCGCCCGCCCCCCCGGCCGGAGCCGGAGGGAGGCUGACCGGCACACCCUCUUCCUCGGCGAGGCCGGUCGGACCGAGCGCGCGCAGCAGAGAGCGCGGCCCCAGCGACGACGACAGCGGCGGCCGCCACCGCCUAACGCGCGCACGUGCGGAGCGCGGCGGGCGGCCCGCGCCCCCGGCGACUCGAAGCGUGAGACAGACACCCCCGGGGAAGGGGAGGAGAGGCGAGGCGGAGGAGGCGGGCAGAGGCGGAGGAGGCGGGCAGAGGCCGGGGGGGACCCCGCCGCCCCCAGAGGGGCAGCCGGGAGAACCCCCGCGACCCACACAGCCCCCUUCUCCCUUCCCUCUCUCCUCGCACACAAACACAACCCCACACGCACUCGCGUGCGACCCCCGGGCGCGGCGAACCCGGGCAAACGCCGGCGCCGCCAAGCACCAACCGCGCCGCAAACCGGUAGCGCACGGCGGACGUGGAGGCGGCGAGGGGGCGCCCGCCACCACGGGCGGAGGGGCCCCUCUCGCCCAGCAACGCAACGCCACCGUCACAGCCGGGGAGGAGACGCGGCGAGGGCAGCGGCAGAGGCCGACGAGGGGAGAAGAACUCGGUCCACCGGCGGGCAGGCCCGCGGAGCGACCUCACAACGACGGGGCGGAGGACCGACUUCCCCCAACCGCACGCACGGGCCCCCAGGCCCCACAGCCUCCGCCCAACACGACACCCAGCCCGCAGGAGCGGGGGAGGGAAAGAGGGCGCGGCCAGACGGAAACGGACGAGAAGAAGAAAAGGGCAGGCAGGCGUGGCGACACGGCCCACGCGAGAGCCGAGGAACAGAGCGCACUCCCAACCACCCCGAGGAACAGGCCGCAGCCCGACCCCAGGCAGGGAGGCCGGCGGGACCGAGGGAGGGCCCCCGCCAGGGCGGAGAGGCAAAACACGGGACGCACGCGGGAGAAGAAGAGAUGGGGCCGGCCCGGAGGAGAGAGCCUCAGACACGGCCGGGCCACCGGGAAAACAACACGCGGGAUCCCACCGCCCAAGACCACAGAGGGCGGUCCCGCACCCACGCCCGGGACGCCGGCCGGCCUUCGGAUCAAGCCCCAAGAGCCGCCACCACCACCACCAUCAAACCCGCGGGGCCCGGGCCCCCACGCCACCGGGGGCCGCCCCAGGGGCCACACACACACACACAAAAAGCCCCCUAAAAGGCCUGUCCCUUUCCUUUUUUCCGUCCGAUUCCGGCCGACCCCACCUGGAGAUCCCAAGCUCCGAGGUGAGAGUCGGCGGAGGAGGCAGAGAGCCAAGGGCGCGCGCGAGAGCAAGGAGAGGCAAGCGCUCACCGCGCCGCAGGAGGAUCGCCCCACGAAAGCCAGGCGGCGGACCGGAACACGUCCCCGCGGCCCCCGCCGCCGCCCCCGCCAACGGGCACACGCAACGGAAGCGGAGACCGGGCCGCGCACGGCAACGCAGCCACACACACAGGCGCACAGGCGGGGCAGGCUCGCCAUCACCGCCCGUGACGGCCGGCACUGCACGGCGCCGCACCGGACACCGGCCCCGGCCCAGCGGGACCCUCCCCCGACCGGGGGGGAGGCGCGGGCCGCGGGGAACCCCGGCACACCUCGCCGACGGCACCGCGAGGCGCAGAAGGCGGGAGAGCACGGGUCGGGCCGGAGAGGCCGCACCCCGGACUUCCACACACCGCCGACUGGCGGGGAGGAGAGACGCGGGGCCCGCAGACAGAACGAGAAGAGCGGUCCCAUUCGCCGUGAAUGUCCGUCCCUCGCCUGGCGCAGCUUAGGCCCGGCCCGGGAGAACACACCGUCACCACAUCGGUCGAGCGAGAGAGAGAACGAGCGAGCGAGCGAGCGGAACGAGAGCGAGAACCCGCGAGCGCCCUGCGGGGCGGAGGACGCGCACGAGAGCCUCUCAAAGGCCCACGCCGCCUUCCACCGCCACCCCUCGGGCCAGGCACGAGAGACCGGAGGCGGGCGCCGCAGACAAGACACACGCAACGCUGACAGGCCCGUGGGACACGCGAGAGAGGGCCGGCGCGCAGGCCCAAGCGGGCGACCCGAGCGGCGGGAGAGGGCAGCGGCGGACAAGCGCGGGCGGCUUGCCGCCAGAGACCACAGGACGGCUGGUCGACCCGCGAGCCACUCCGCCAGCGACCAAGUCCCAAGGGACUGCUGGUCGACCCCACGGCCGGUCUGGGAGGACGGGCGCGAGCACCGCGCCGACGCCUCGGGGCGCUCUGCCGCACACCCGCCUCCCGGGCGGCGGGCGGACGGGCAAGAGCGCCCGGCGAGGGCCCCGGCGGCAGGCCGGGCGUUCGCGGGAACGCGCCGCCGCACUCGCGGAGACGAGCGGCUCUCCGCACCGGGCCCCGGUCCCGAACGCGCGGCGGCGGCGGCGGCGGGCGGACGCGAGCGCGCGGGCCCGCGCCACGCCCACCGGCCGGCCGGCCGGCGGGGACUGAACGGGGACCCGGCUAUCCGAGACCAACCGAGGCUCCCGCGGCGCUGCCGUAUCGUUCCGCCUGGGCGGGAUUCUGACUUAGAGGCGUUCAGUCAUAAUCCCACAGAUGGUAGCUUCGCCCCAUUGGCUCCUCAGCCAAGCACAUACACCAAAUGUCUGAACCUGCGGUUCCUCUCGUACUGA